UAGAACCGUAGAGGAACAACAGCGUUUCCCCUUGCUGGGUUAGGUUAACUAAAGGUAAACAAACACGCGAUAAUGACAUUGAAAUAUAUUAUUAACAUUUCCGCUGGUUCACAUUAGUUUUUGUACAACACAAGUUCGUUCUUCAGUAUGUGGAACACAUUAUAAAACCCUGGUCUUUCAGGAAGCAAAGGUAAGCUCACCCGAGCUCAUUGGCUGCAUGUGGAAAAGCGGAGAGAACACGAGGAUGGCUUUUCCACGUGUGCGACUGUGCGCUCGACACAUGAGCACAGAGCUUCGAGUCUGUGGUUUUGCGACACUCAGUAAAGCAUCCAGACCCCAGGAGAAAAGCAGCAGUGGUCCAGUUUUUCAGUAUGUCGGCCAGCACAAAAAGCCCAACCACAAAGUGUUCGUAUGGGGCUUUAGCUUCACCGGUGCUCUGGGUAUCCCCAGCUUUGUGGUGCCUGACAGCGGCAGGAAGAAGCCCCGCAAAUACCAGCUGACUCCUUACCGGCUGGAGACGGCAGAGCAGAUCUCUUCUGCUGCUUGUGGUUACGGCUUUACUCUCAUUGCCUCCCCGACCAAAGAUGUGAUCAAGCUGUGGGGCAUGGGCCUGAACAAGGACUCUCAGCUGGGCUUCCAGCGCACGCAACACAGCCGCCAUCAGAGCUAUGACUACGUGUUGGAGCCCUCCCCGGUGGCUCUGCCUCUUGUCGAGCCUCUGCAGACCAGAGUGGUUCAGGUCGCAUGUGGCCGCGCUCACUCUCUGGUCCUCACCGACCAAGAGGGAGUUUUCAGUAUGGGCAACAAUGCGUAUGGCCAGUGUGGAAGGCGGAUAGUUGAAGAUGAAGUCUACAGUGGCAGUCACAUCAUUCACAAGAUGGAAGGCUUCAGCAGCAGGGUCACCCAGGUGGCAUGUGGACAGGACCACAGCCUUUUCCUCACUGAGACAGGAAAAGUGUUGGCAUGUGGAUGGGGCGCAGAUGGACAGACGGGUCUGGGACACCACAACGUCAGCUCGAGUCCGGUGGAGGUGGGAGGGGAUCUGGCUGGGGUGGAGGUGCGGCAGAUCAGCACCUAUGGAGACUGCAGCCUGGCCGUGUCCAGAGAUGGACAGCUGUAUGGAUGGGGCAACUCUGAAUACCUGCAGCUGGCCUCGGUCACUGAGGCGACACAGAUCAACUCUCCUCGACACCUUCCUCUGAAAGGCUGCGGAAAGGUGGUUCAGGCAGCAUGUGGAGGCACACAGGUGGCCGUUCUCAACGAAAAAGGAGAGGUGUUUGUUUGGGGCUUUGGCAUUCUUGGGAAAGGCCCAAAACUAUCCGAAUCCUCGACCCCGGAGAUGAUUCCCUCCACACUGUUUGGACGCUCAGAGUUCAACCCCUCAGUAGCUGUAACCAGGAUCAGGUGUGGCCUCAACCAUUUUGCUGCAGUGACAGAUCGAGGCGAGCUCUUCGUUUGGGGGAAGAAUGUGAGAGGUUGUUUGGGCAUCGGGAAGAGAGACGACCAGUACUUCCCAUGGCGAGUGACUGUGCCAGGUCAAGUGGUGGACGUGGCGUGUGGUGUUGACCACAUGGUGGCGCUGGUGAAGUCCCUCUUGUGAGCUCCUGUGUUCCUCAGCAGUGGAUGAAAAGCUGGAUGUUUGGCUGAGCCCCCCGCUGACCCCCGGGCGCCUCAGGGAGCCGAUCGGGGCCACGCCAGAGUCUUGAAGCCAGCUGCUCUCCACAGGCGACGGACCCUCGUGUCCCUCCGUCCUCCAGUGACGUCAAGCAGAGUGCAGAGCAGUCGAUUCUGCAGCAAACUGUCAAAGAAACUGCUCACUUUAUCCUGCAUGAAGGCCAUAUGGGAAAGACAUCAAAGGAUAGUUUUGGUUUAUUACAACUAGAGCUGAAACGAUUAGUCAAUAAAUCGAUUCUUUUUUUAAAGCAAAACAGUGAAAAAAUGCGAAUAAUCCUCUGGUUGCAGCUUCUCCAAUGUGAGGAUUUGCUGCUUUUCGCUGUUUUAUAUAAUUGUAAUCUGAAUAUCUUUUGUUGUUUGGACAAAACAAGACCUUUGAAGACGUCAUCCUGGACUCAAGGAAACUGAGAUGUGCAUUGUUAUAUAGAUUAAACGAUUAAUCUGCAGAUGAAUCGAUGAUGAAAAUAAUCAUUACUUGCUGCCCUAAUUACAACUUGGGUUUUAUUUUCAUUGUUGUUGCGAUCAUUUCUAUCGUAUCAUUCUAUAGUAAUUACUUUAGUGAGUGUAACGUAACUGAUUGAAAUGACGGCCAAAACUAUCAAAACAAGUUGUAAUAUACCGGUACAAGCUUCCUACCAGAAACCACAGUCAGCUCUGAGGAGGUUAACACUGUAAAUGUUGUGUUUUGUUUCCUCUCAUGUUCAUUUGCCACCAUACAAGAAAAUGACUGUGAGAGAAAUGUGGUCAGUGAAUUAAGUGAUUCAGACUCUUGCGGUUUGGGAUUAUCUCAAACGAAAUGUUGUGGCGCUCUGCAGGCCUAUGAAAUGUUUGUAAAACAUUGUACCAGUUGAAAAGCCAGCGACAGCGUAAACAAUCCACAACAAAAUGAUUAUCUCCAUUCCAACUGCAAAUAGAGGUGAAGGCCCUCUCCCUGGGAGAAAACACAUUUUGAGGAAUCAAUUUUACAGCAUGAACUCGUGGCAUCAGUAGUGCGUGCAUGUUGUGUAUGAAAAAGCUCAGUGGGAGAAGCAGAAAGCUACAGAAAACUACAAAUAUGGCAUCCUGACAGUUUGAGAGGAUGUUGAUUGAGACUGUUGCAAAAUGAAACAUGAUCAAAAGAUGUGUUUUCAUUGUUUUUAGUGUUUCGUGCCGUACUCCCGGUCUGGAUGCAUUAGAGGAUGAACCCACUUUCCCCACAGUGUUAGUUUGAUGCCAUUAAAUACACAACAUGCAAUAGAAAAUAAACAAGACUUAAUAUACUGUAUCAAAAUAAAUAUAUUUUUAUUUACCACA